AUGUGUUCGUCUAAGUACAGCUUUGAUCAUCCAUCUAAAGUCAUCAUCACUUGGGAAGUUCCGUCUACUGAUUCUGGUUUUGAUAACCAGGCUUAUGCUCACGGGUUAAAGUCUGUGUUGAAAUCGCAUCGUCAGAAUAUGGAUAACAAAGACAUGACUGAUUAUCGUUACGUGACUCCAUACGUUUUCGUGGAUAUCACCAAAAAAAAAGGUUAUCCAUGCAAGCUACUUAUCGAUUCUACUAUCGAUGAAUGGACCUUGCAGACAUAUAAUCCUGUUAUCGAAGAUAUUGAUUCUUCGUAUCAUAUAUCUAUUCUUGAUCACGAGCUUUUUAUCAAAGGAGGUUCUGAUCGUGUUAAUACGAGUGAUCAUGCUCAGAAGACUUUUCUAUGGGAUUUUGCGAGGAAUGCGGAUAGUGACUCUGAUGAUACCGAGGUUUUAUCGGGUCGUGGUACUGAUGAUGAUUAUGGUUUUGAGGAUUAUAUGGGGUCUGAUUCAGAGACGGAUGAAGAUACUGAUGAUAUGGACCAAACAGAUGAAUAUGAUUCUGAGGAUGAUUUUAUUGACGACGAUGAGUCUUGUGAAGAAUCUGAUGGUUCAAGUGAUAACUCAGAAGAUGAUAGCGGUGAUGACGAAGAUGAAGAUGGUGACGAUGCCGAUUCAACUGAUGAUAAUGAAAAUGAUGAUGAAGAUGUUAUGUUGGAUGAUGAGACUGAUAUUGACGAUGAUAGUGAAGAUCAGUGA